AUUUAACUCGUUACAUGAGUCAAGCUCGAGUUGUCUAUCAACUUACCUCGUUAACUGAACUGAGUACACGAUAGUACUUUGCGGGCGAAAGUUGUCACAAAAUGCCCUAAAAUCAGCUGAAAGUGGCGGGAAAUCAAGAGAGGGAAAAUCGGAAAGAAGAAAAAACUUCGAUUUUUUCCCCUCAGGGUUACGAAUCGCUAGCUGUCGGACAAGAAAAUGGCGGAAAUCGAAACCAUGGGUAUCCUCGACGAGGUUCAGUCCAUCGUCUCCGAUAAACUUCAAGUGGUUUCGUACAAGUGGCUUAGUCGGAACUUUUUGGUUUCUUCCAAUGCUGCAAAGGGGCUGCUGCAGGCGUUUGUGGAUAAGUAUGGAAAUGGAUUGGAAGUGAUUUACUCUUUGUCCGGCUGGUUGAAGAACAAUCCUUCUGCUUACCAUAUAAGGCUCGUGUCCAAGGAUAAACUUUCAGAUGCAAAGCAAGAAUUUGAAGGAAAUUGUUCCAUUCAGGUUUACAGUGUACAAGCGUGUCUCCCUAAGGACCCAGCAACCCUUUGGAAUCACGAAUUUGUCCAAGCCGAAGAUCUCUUUAAGCAAUCACUUGCAGUCGAUAAUUGCUUGCGCGAUAACAGGUUCUGUGGAGUUUCAAAUUCAUUCGUUAAGCGAGCCGUGGGAGGAGCAAAUUCAGGCACAGGGACCCUGCAGGUGAAACCCACCGGAGGCUCUGUUGGGUCCACAAGCUUCGGAAAGCCUUUGCAGCCUCCUGAGAGUGCAAAAACUGUUAAAAACGAGAGUCUUGUGAAGCUAAAUCGAGAACAGGGGGCCCAGCUUCGUGCAGAUAAAGAAAAAGUCCCUCAGGUGACCCGUAACAACAAAAGUGGUCAAACUGAUAAAAAAACUUCUGGAAGUGGAGGGGCAUUAGCUGGCAUGUGGGGCCGUGCGUCUGCUAAGCCUGAACCCGAGGCUGCUUUGCUGCAGGCUAACAACUCCAAACAAAACUCUGCUGCCAGUGCAGAAGCUCAAAUUUGUGCUCGCGAAUCAGUAGAAGACGCAAGCAGUGAUGAAGAUGGCCACGAUUUCAACAUGAAGAGAACGUCUAAUGGCGAAAGCAGUAGAAAGAGGAGAGUCGUGUUCGAUUACUCGGACGAGGAAGAUGAAUACCAAGAGGCAGUGAAUCUAGCUUCACCUGAUCCUCCAAAAAAGUCCUCCCCAUGUUUAAAAGAUGGGUUGAAUGCUUUUGGCCCGGAAUGCAAAUUAAGUUUCAAUGACAAGGAACAUAAGCCGUCGAUUAAAGAGGCGAAAGCAGAUGGCGAGAAAACUAAUCAACAUUCAAAAGAAACAAAGAUUGAGGCUCCCACUUCAGAUAAGAACCUCAGCCAUGUUCAUAAAGCAGAAUCUUGUGUGAAAGAUACAGUGGCUAAUGUUGCGCCUAAGAGGAAAAAGGUGUUGAAGACACGUAUCGAUGAUCGGGGAAGAGAAGUUACUGAGGUUGUCUGGGAAGGUGAGGAGCCAGAUAGAAAAUCUGAUGAUAGUUCGGUGAAAGUUGCUGAGAUGAACACGACGAACAAUGCUACUAACAGGCCACCGGUGGUGAAAAAAUCACCUGCAGUAACCACCACAGUAUCAAAUCAAACAGGGAAAGCUGGAAACAAAAAGGGUGCGAAAAAAGAUCCCAAGCAGGGGAAUAUCAUGUCAUUCUUCAAGAAAGUGUGAGGGCAAUUAUUCACCUACAUCUAGCCAUAUCUGGAUUCGUACUCCAAGUCGAUCAGCUUAUGCUGCUGCUCUUAGAACAUCCCAUAUUUCUAGAGGUUACAAGCCAGAAAAAAAUUAAAUAAAUAAAACAAAUCAUGGAUUUGUUUACUCAAAGGGCUAAACUUUUUUUUAUCUUGUUUAGUUGUUUUCCUUGGUGAUAUUAACAUCUUUAUUUUUCUUUUCUUUUGUUUCUUUAACCUUUUGUACCAUCCAUAAUGAGAAGUGUCCCAAAACUCCUCUCAACUGUAUAAGCUGACUUUUUGUAGUCGGCUGUGGAUGUUUCCAUGCUUUCGGUUUUCUGAUCAUCUUCUUAACGUUGC